UGUUGUCACAAGAUCAGCACAUCGGUAACUAUUACGGCUUGACCACUGCACACUUGUAAAAUGAGAGCGGCAGCGGCUGCGGUUGCAGUGGCGCUGCUGUUGCUGCAGGUGGCGGCGGUCGCAGCAGCACCCAGGAACGCCGGCUGCCUGUCCUCCGGAGAUCCCCGCUGUUGGCGCUCACACACAGGUACCGAUGAGCAGCAUCACGCUCUUGGGACACCAGACACUCAGAAAUCGUCGCUUACUCAGUCAAAGGUUGAGAAUGACAACACAUGGCUACAUUCUGAACAAGAGGAUGCUGAACAUGGAAGAAGUGAGCAACACUUAGUACAAAAUGUAGAGAAGAAACCUUUAUAUGGCUGGUCUAGUCUCAUAAAAGCUAUAUUUCAAGAGAAAGAAAACAGAAGCAGAAGCGAAGAAGAUGACAGCAGCGACAGCAGUAGUAAUGACAGCAGUGACAGCAGUGGAAGUGACAAUGAAAAUUCUAGUGGUGAUAACAGUGACAGCAAUGAAAGUGAUGGAGAUGAUAGUAACAGCAGUAGUAGUGAUGAGGAAAAUACUAGUGGUAAUAACAGCGGCAGUAAUGACAGUGAUGAAGAUGACAGUAGUAAUGAUGAUGAAAAUACUAGUGGUAGUAACAGUGGCAGCAAUGAGAAUGAUGAAGACGACAGUAACAGUAGCAACAGCAAUAGUAACGAUGAUGAAAACAACAAUGGUAAUCACAAUGGCAGUAAUGACAGUGAUGAAGAUGAUAGUGGUAAUGAUGAUGAAAAUACUAGUGGUAGUAACAGUGGCAGCAAUGAGAGUGAUGAAGAUGACAGUGGCAAUAGCAACAGCAGUAGUAACAAUGAUGAAAACAACAGUGGUAACAACAGUCAGAGUAAUGAGGAUGACAGUGACAGUGGAAAUGGUGGUGGAGGCGAUAGUGGAGAUGGAGGUGAUGGUGGACAUGGAGGCGAUGGUGGAGACGGAGGCGAUGCUGGAGAUGGAGGUGAUGGUGGAGAUGGAGGCGAUGGUGGAGACGGAGGCGAUGGUGGAGACGGAGGCGAUGGUGGAGACGGAGGUGAUGGUGGAGACGGUGGUGAUGGAGGUGAUGCUGGAGAUGGAGGCGAUGGUGGAGACGGAGGCGAUGGAGGAGACGGAGGCGAUGGAGGAGACGGAGGUGAUGGUGGAGAUGGUGGUGAUGGUGGAGAUGGUGGUGAUGGAGGUGAUGCUGGAGAUGGAGGCGAUGGUGGAGACGGAGGCGAUGGUGGAGACGGAGGCGGUGCUGGAGACGGAGGUGAUGGUGGAAACGGAGGUAAUGGUGGAGACGGAAGCGGUGGUGGAGACGGAGGUGAUGGUGGAGAUGGUGGUGAUGGUGGAGACGGAGGUGAUGGUGGAGACGGAGGCGAUGGAGGAGACGGAGGCAAUGGAGGAGACGGAGGUGAUGGUGGAGAUGGUGGUGAUGGAGGUGAUGCUGGAGAUGGAGGAGAUGGUGGAGAUGGAGGCAAUGGUGGAGACGGAGGCAAUGGUGGAGAUGGAGGUGAUGGUGGAGAUGGUGGUGAUGGAGGUGAUGCUGGAGAUGGAGGCGAUGGUGGAGACGGAGGCGAUGGAGGAGACGGAGGCGAUGGAGGAGACGGAGGCAAUGGAGGAGAUGGAGGUGAUGGUGGAGAUGGUGGUGAUGGAGGUGAUGCUGGAGAUGGAGGAGAUGGUGGAGAUGGAGGCAAUGGUGGAGAUGGAGGCAAUGGUGGAGAUGGAGGUGAUGGUGGAGAUGGUGGUGAUGGAGGUGAUGCUGGAGAUGGAGGCGAUGGUGGAGGCGGAGGCAAUGGAGGAGACGGAGGCGAUGGAGGAGACGGAGGCAAUGGAGGAGACGGAGGUGAUGAUGGAGAUGGUGGUGAUGGAGGUGAUGCUGGAGAUGGAGGCGAUGGUGGAGACGGAGGUGAUGGUGGAGACGGAGGUGAUGGUGGAGACGGAGGUGAUGGUGGAGACGGAGGUGAUGGUGGAGACGGUGGUGAUGGAGGUGAUGCUGGAGAUGGAGGCGAUGGUGGAGACGGAGGCGAUGGUGGAGACGGAGGCGGUGCUGGAGACGGAGGUGAUGGUGGAAACGGAGGUAAUGGUGGAGACGGAAGCGGUGGUGGAGACGGAGGUGAUGGUGGAGAUGGUGGUGAUGGAGGUGAUGCUGGAGAUGGAGGCGAUGGUGGAGACGGAGGCGAUGGAGGAGACGGAGGCGAUGGAGGAGACGGAGGCAAUGGAGGAGACGGAGGUGAUGGUGGAGAUGGUGGUGAUGGAGGUGAUGCUGGAGAUGGAGGCAAUGGUGGAGAUGGAGGCGAUGGUGGAGAUGGAGGUGAUGGUGGAGAUGGAGGCAAUGGUGGAGAUGGAGGCGAUGGUGGAGAUGGAGGCGAUGGAGGAGACGGAGGCAAUGGAGGAGACGGAGGUGAUGAUGGAGAUGGUGGUGAUGGAGGUGAUGCUGGAGAUGGAGGCGAUGGUGGAGACGGAGGUGAUGGUGGAGACGGAGGUGAUGGUGGAGACGGAGGUGAUGGUGGAGACGGAGGUGAUGGUGGAGACGGUGGUGAUGGAGGUGAUGCUGGAGAUGGAGGCGAUGGUGGAGACGGAGGCGGUGCUGGAGACGGAGGUGAUGGUGGAAACGGAGGUAAUGGUGGAGACGGAAGCGGUGGUGGAGACGGAGGUGAUGGUGGAGAUGGUGGUGAUGGAGGUGAUGCUGGAGAUGGAGGCGAUGGUGGAGACGGAGGCGAUGGAGGAGACGGAGGCGAUGGAGGAGACGGAGGCAAUGGAGGAGACGGAGGUGAUGGUGGAGAUGGUGGUGAUGGAGGUGAUGCUGGAGAUGGAGGCAAUGGUGGAGAUGGAGGCGAUGGUGGAGAUGGAGGUGAUGGUGGAGAUGGAGGCAAUGGUGGAGAUGGAGGCGAUGGUGGAGAUGGAGGCGAUGGUGGAGAUGGAGGUGAUGGUAGUGAUGGAGGUGAUGUUGACGAUAAUUCUGCUGCUGCUGGCUGUGAGAAGGAGCAGCGAGGUGUACGUACCUUGCAGUUCAGGCAGAACGUGGGCAAGGAGGAGAUGCGUUGCCCUAUUGUGAGCAGCCUGCCUGCAGUUGCGGAGAUUGUUGUUGCCACGUUCUUGAGGCAGUUGCCGGUGAAGGCUGGCUCAUGGACACCAGCCACUAGCUGGAGACAUCCUCCAGCUGAUCUGGAAUCACCUCCGGCAUCUCCUCACUUCGACACAGCUCCCACUCCAUCUCCUCCACCAUUGUGGCAGUCCAUCAUUCUCGCCUGA